AUUAUUAUUACUAGUGUUGACAAAACGUCAGAAACAGAAACAAAAUCACGCCAGCUUGGAUGUUAUAAGACCAUAUGACCAAGAAAAACAAAAACUAGAGGAAGAAUACAAAAACCUUUAAACACUUUAAAUAAAAGAAGACACACACACACACUCACUGUCAGAAAUCUACAUCGAGAAACCACACACAUCAUUCAUGAAACACACCACCACAGAGAAAACGAAGAAUAUUAUGGUUGUCGAGGAUGAUCGUAUACUAUGGGAUUGUGGGAGUCCACUCUAUGAUUCCUACGAGCUUGUCUCUCUUACUCACAUCAUCGAACGCCAUUUCAUGUCUCUUCCUUCUCUCACCGGCACCGGAAAAAUGUUUUGUUCUUCUCGAACGCCGUCCGAUCUUGGUGAAAAGUCGAAUCGCGCGGCCAGCACCGUCGUGGAUCUCUGCUGCUCCUCUGAUUCCACGGCUAGUAAACUAUUGUGGGGUGUCUUUCAGACCAAGUGGUGGAAGAAGAGGUCGAAAAACGCCGAAGCCGUCGUCGAUAAUUUCAAGAAGAAGAAGAAGAAUUUGUUUUGUCGGAUCCUCUCUGGGAUAAGGAUUCCUACAACAAAAUCUGGUUCUUCGAAGAUGUGAAUUUCCUUUCUCUUUUUCUUUUUUUUUUCGAGAUCUUGCUCGCUCUUUCUUAAGAUAUAAUUACAUGUUCAUGUGUUAAUUUGAAAUUUAAUCGAAUAAACUGUCAUGAAAACGGGAUAUACAUC